AUGUCAUCUAAGAAAAUUGCCUUGGUCAUCUGCAGCACCAGGGAGCCUCGACUGAAUCCUUUCAUUGCUCGAUACGUUCUGGAUAUCGCCUUACGCCAAAACUGCCAAGAAAGCAUUGAUAUUCUUGAUCUUGGCGAGCAAGGCCUCCCUUUAUACAAUGAGUCUGCAGUUCCAUCCCAACUCCCAGAGACUAAUCCUACACCUCAUUACACUCACCGACACACGCAAGCAUGGUCCGCUACGGUCCGACAAUACAGUGCGUUCAUUUUCGUGACACCUCAAUAUAACUGGAGUGUUCCCGCUAGUUUGAAGAAUGCAUUGGACUAUUUGUAUUUUGAAUGGAAAGGCAAACCUGCCGCCAUCGUGAGUUAUGGAGGGAGAGGUGGUGGAAAGGCGGCAGAUCAUUUGCAGGGAAUUCUUCAGGGAUUACGCAUGAAAGUGAUCUCGACCCAUCCUGGACUCGUUGUUAAGACAACAACUCUAGAGUCUUGUGUGGAAACACAGCAAAUUGGUCCUGGAGAAAGGGAGAUGUGGCGGGAAAGUGGUGUCGAGGAACAGAUCUCUUCCAUGUUUCUAGAAUUGAUAGAAAUGGUUCAAAAUGAAUGA